GCAUGUACCACUAUACCAGGCUUCCUAACUCCUUAUAAGAAAAUAAUAAAUCAUCUACAAGUAACUGGAAAUGAAUAAUAAAGUUAAUUAAGAGGUUAAACUUACAGCAUUUCUGCUUUUUGACACUGUUGAAAAGUGCUGCUCAGAGGGGAAAAGACUUCUUUAGAGAAUUUGCAAAGCGGUUAAAAGACCAGCAGAUGGAGAACAGUUUUGCAGAUUUUAGGUGAUGGGAAGAUCCGAAAGUCAGAUGGAUAUAACUGAUAUCAACACUCCAAAGCCAAAGAAGAAACAGCGAUGGACUCCACUGGAGAUCAGUCUCUCAGUCCUUGUUCUGCUCCUUACUAUCAUUGCUGUGACCAUGAUAGCUCUCUAUGCAACGUACGACGAUGGUAUCUGCAAGUCAUCAGAUUGCAUCAAAUCAGCUGCUCGACUGAUCCAGAACAUGGACUCAACAGUGGAGCCUUGUGCAGACUUUUUCAAAUAUGCCUGUGGAGGAUGGUUGAAACGCAAUGUCAUCCCCGAGACCAGUUCCCGUUACAGUAACUUUGACAUUUUAAGAGAUGAGCUAGAAGUAAUUUUGAAAGAUGUCCUUGAGGAACCCCAAACUGAAGAUAUCGUAGCAGUACAAAAAGCAAAAACAUUGUACAGGUCUUGUAUAAAUGAAUCUGUUAUUGACAGCCGGCGUGGACAACCUCUACUCAAGCUGUUGCCAGAUAUAUAUGGGUGGCCAGUGGCCACAGAAAACUGGGAACAAACGUAUGGUACUUCUUGGACAGCUGAAAAAUCUAUGGCACAAUUGAGUUCUAAAUAUGGGAAGAAAGUUCUAAUUAAUUUCUUUGUUGGUACUGAUGAUAAGAACUCUACCUACCAUAUAAUUCAUUUUGACCAACCUCGACUUGGCCUCCCUUCCAGAGACUACUAUGAAUGCACUGGAAUAUACACAGAGGCUUGUGAAGCAUAUGUGGAUUUUAUGAUUUCUGUGGCCAAAUUGAUUCGUCAAGAAGAAGGAUUGCCUGUUGAUGAAAACCUACUUUCUUUGGAAAUGAAGAAAGUUAUGGAAUUGGAAAAAGAAAUUGCCAAUGCUACAACUAAAUCGGAAGAUCGCAAUGACCCAAUGCUUCUUUAUAACAAAAUGACUUUGACUCAGCUCCAAAAUAAUUUUUCAUUGGAGAUCAAUGGAAAGCCAUUCAGCUGGUCAAAUUUCACAAAUGAGAUCAUGUCAACUGUGAAUAUUAAUAUCCCAAAUGAGGAAGAGGUGGUUGUAUACGCUCCAGAAUAUUUAGUCAAACUUAAGCCCAUUCUUACCAAAUAUUCUGCCAGAGAUCUUCAAAAUUUAAUGUCCUGGAGGUUCAUAAUGGAUCUUGUAAGCAGCCUCAGCCGAACCUACAAGGAGUCCAGAAAUGCUUUCCGCAAGGCCCUUUAUGGAACAACAUCAGAAACGGCAACUUGGAGACGCUGUGCAAACUAUGUCAAUGGGAAUAUGGAAAAUGCUGUGGGAAGGCUUUAUGUGAGAGCGGCGUUUGCUGGAGAGAGUAAACAUGUGGUUGAAGAUUUGAUUGCACAGAUCCGGAAAGUUUUUAUUCAGACUUUAGAUGAGCUCUCCUGGAUGGAUACAGAAACAAAAAAGAAAGCUGAAGAAAAGGCCUUAGCAAUUAAAGAAAGGAUAGGCUACCCUGAUGACAUUGUUUCAAACGAUAACAAACUGAAUAAUGAAUACGUUGAGUUGAACUACAGAGAAGAUGAAUACUUUGAGAACAUAAUUCAGAAUUUGAAAUUCAGCCAAAGUAAGCAACUAAAGAAGCUCCGUGAGAAGGUGGACAAGAACGAGUGGAUAAGUGGAGCAGCUGUAGUAAAUGCAUUUUAUUCUUCAGGCAGAAAUCAAAUAGUGUUCCCGGCUGGCAUUCUGCAGCCCCCCUUCUUCAGUGCCCAGCAGUCAAACUCGCUGAAUUACGGGGGCAUUGGUAUGGUCAUAGGACAUGAAAUAACCCAUGGCUUCGAUGACAAUGGCAGAAAUUUUAACAAGGAUGGAGACCUGGUUGACUGGUGGACUCAACAGUCUGCAAAUAACUUCAAGGACCAAUCCCAGUGCAUGGUGUACCAGUAUGGGAAUUUCACCUGGGACCUAGCAGGUGGACAGCAUCUCAAUGGAAUUAAUACACUGGGAGAAAACAUUGCCGAUAAUGGUGGUCUUGGCCAAGCAUAUAGAGCCUAUCAGAAUUAUGUUAAGAGGAAUGGUGAAGAAAAAUUACUCCCUGGACUUGACCUAAAUCACAAACAACUGUUCUUCUUGAACUUUGCCCAGGUUUGGUGUGGGACCUACAGGCCAGAGUAUGCAGUCAACUCCAUCAAAACAGACGUGCACAGCCCCGGCAAUUUCAGGAUUAUUGGGACUUUGCAGAAUUCUGCUGAGUUUUCAGAAGCCUUUAAUUGCCAAAAGAAUUCAUAUAUGAAUCCAGAAAAGAAAUGCCGGGUUUGGUGAUUUUCGAAGAAGGCAGUGUAUUCCCUAGCUCGACUUGCCAACACCGCAGAGAUGGGGAACUCUUCAGCCAAGAGAAAGUGGGCUCCGAGGUCACUGCAGUUCCUUGGACUAAAUAACAGAUGAAAGCAUCAUAAUACAAGCCACAUUAGGUUAUUCUGGAAAGAGUAUGAAGGGGGCGGGGCUUAAGGUCUGUCAAAUCAACCACUUCUUACAUGUAAAUAGUGAUUAAUUCCUAUAGAUGUUAUUACAGUUCGUUUCUAUUUCUCAUACGGUCUGUCACUCUGAAGUUUUCCCUAGAAAAUAGUGUUAACCACUUGUGGCUGACCAGGAUUUCUGUGCAAGGGGUGAAAGAAGAUGUUGUGUUCAUACAGUUGGGCCCCAAAAUCACAAUGGUUCUAUGAUCAUUUUAAACACAUUCCUUAAAUACUUGUUUUUACUUUUAUUUGCAAUAUUUACGCUCCUCCAAAACUCUUCCAAAGAACUCUUAUACGUAUUGGGGCCUUGAGGCUUACAUAGCUUUAAACUCAUUUGCCACACAUCAGUGUAUUGUCAUCAUUUUAUUUUAGGCACUGUUAGGGCAAAAAUGAAUGUCUAAAACUUGUGUCGUACCAGUUUUACUGAUAUUAAGGCCCGUACAAUUUUCUAACAACUCUUGCUCUCUCUGUAUCUCAAAACUUGGUCUUUUUAAAGGAUUUGUAGUAAUGUAUAAAUAAUAAUUUUUAUAUUUAACUGUUAACUACACUUAUAACUAAGUAACUGUAAUUAUAGGUAAUCAUUAAAUAUUGAAGUUUCAGACCAAGAUAAAUUGUUAUGAACCAAGAUCUGUAAAGUGAUGUACAGAUGAAAAUUUGAGAUAUUUUUAAACUUAUAAAUCAUAUUGAUGAAAAGCUUUAAGCACAAACUUUGGAGUAAAAAUUGUCGUUGAACAGUUGACUGGAGAUAUAAUCUUAUGGCUUACAAAUGGGAUUUUUAAAAGUAAAUCUGUCCCUAGGAGUGGCUAUUAUAAAAGGGCAAAACAGCAUCUACAUAGCUCUGUGACCCCUUAUCUUUUCGGGUUUGUCAGGGAUGAAAAUAUUUUGAUAAUAAAUUGAAGUUGUGAGCCCAUUACUCACUAA